ACUGGAUCAGUCAAUGGAAUGGGCGAUUCUUUGAGCGGAGUUGUCUCGCUCAUGUGGGACUCAUCAUACACCUUGGCCAUGAUGGCAAACAAUGUCCGGUGAUCACAGAUUGGUGGAAUUUGUUCGAAGAAGAUGAACCUGAAGACCUGCUCGAGCCUGAAGAUCUGCCAUUUGUGUCUGGACCUGAGUUCCAGCCAAAGGAAAACACCAUGGUCAUCGUCGACAAGUCCGGAGUUCAUCGCCUGGAGGUUCGAUGCUGUGAUUGUCCGAAUGCCAUGAGUUUGGACAUUCAAAUGUUUCGACACAGAUUUUUCCCUGCAUCUUUCAACCAGCCAAAGACUGUGUUCACCUUCAGAGUGCUCAAUGAUUUUUUACUGGACAGCCUUGAAUGCGGCACCUCGGCGAUGAACUAUUACAGCAAGCUCCGGCGAAUGACCUCGAGCAUGUUUCCACACCUUGUUCUGGACCGAUACAGAGAGCUCAUGAGGGUCGCUCGACAGUGGAGGCAGUUGAAGACAAUGAAAUGGCAUGGCUUUGGCCAUCAUUCUGAUAACCCGAGCACAGGAGAACUUGCAUUAUUUUGCCCCACAUGUCCUCAGCCUGGUAUUAAUGUGCUGUUGUCAGAGGUUGAAUCGCUUGAUGACUUGAAAUACACCCGGUCAUUUGUGAUGGACGGAAAUUUCAAAGCCGAACAUCUGCAUCCCAUUAAGCCAUUCGAUGAAGUUUGGCUGUCCGAUGGGCUGGGAUUCAUGGUAGGAAAGGACAGGUAUAAAAUGCAUCUGGCAGAGGCUGCUGACAUGGUGGAAAAAUCAAGCUGCAACAACCACUGGGCAGUAAAUCAAGCUAAUGCUGCUCGGCACAAGCUGGAGUCCACUGGUAUCGGGGGAAAAGGCGAAAGACAAAUGAACAUGGACUACACCCUUUGCAAGGCUUCCCAGCACAACAUGGAAGGCAUCACCAGGGCUGUCACCUUCUACGAUAUCAACUGUCAAUACAACAAACACUUUCGGGUUCGGGUGGAUCAAAGCAUUGGUCAGAUCGAUGGAGAGAUCAUGGAGACGCUAUGGGCACGGCUCAAUCUGAUUUUCCCUGCUGCUCAGGGAAUAUUGAAUGAUCCUGCGGCGAUGGAUGAAUAUGAGAUCAAUAUAAAAAAGGCACCAAGCAAAACGGAGAUCGAGCUUAGAUUAUUAGAGGAGGGUAAUGCCCACAAUGCGGCACCCUCUCACAGAUCUGUGGCGACGGCUCAGAUUGCAUUGCUCAUCGAGACACAGAGAUUAGACAUCACCCGUCAAUGUGAUUGGCUCCAAGGCCAGAUAGAUGGAUUCACUCGGUCUGCUCUAACACAUCUCGGGGAGGGAUUUGAUGCAGAUGAUGAACCUGACGACUUGAAUGUAGACAUUCUUGAUGAUCUCGAUGAUGACCCGGCGGAUUUCACAGAGACAUCUCAUACAUGGACAAACUCUCCCGAGCUCACUGUAAUCCCGUUGCCAUCAAACCUGGGGGUUGAUCGAUGCAGACAAUGCAUGGCAGAGGAUCUGAUUCCCCUGGAGAUGUCGCUUCGUGAAGGGCAGGCCAAUGAUGCCCUUCACAAUCUCCGAAUUUACCUGUGCAACAAGGCCAUCCUGUUCCAAUCAACUGUUAGGCAGGCCAAAUCCCAGGCCCUGAAAACUCGAGCUUGGUCCCAGGUGAUGUCGGUGCAGCAGGCGGUCUCCCUCCAUGCCAGCAUAUAUACAAAGACCAGGAAGCAAAUGAUGAAACUUGAACUGGGGCAAGACCAGCUUGAGAAAUACAAACCCCUGCUUCAUGAGCAACUCAAAAUCAGCACCGCAGUGGGUGACCCAAAUGCCCGAGGUCAACGAAAUGAAUCUUUGGCUUGGUUUUGGGCUGUUGAAGUCGACCUCGGGGGUCCCAAUCAAUCGUUACCUGAUGGGACCCAUCCCAAGUUUACUGAGUCCAUUAGCUACAGGCAAAGGCACUACGGGAUCAAUGGAGGGAAGAAAUGAUAUUGGUCAAAUUGGAGAUGGAUUGGACAUGUAACUUCUUUUUGUGGAAAUCAACCCAAUGGGGCGACCACAUGCAGGAAUCAUUGGAGAAACGCCUUCCAGGUCACGGAUGCUACGCUGGAAGGCAAUCCCAAAUGUAUUCAUUGCUCGCACAGGAUGUGCAGGCAGCUUUUCAAGACCUACAGAACAUGUUGAUAGAGGCUGGAGAUGAAUGAACA